AUGAGCCGCCAGCUGAACCACUACCCCAGCGGGGAGCGCCUGGGCUUCAGUGGCUGCUCAGCCAUCCUCUCUGGCAGGCUCAGUGCCAGCUCCACCUCGUUCAGGGCCACGGCCAAGGGCUCGGCCGCCUUCGGCAGCAGGAGCCUGUUCUGUCUUGGGGGCGGCAGGCGCCUGGCUCUUAGCGCUUCGGCGGGGCGCAGUGGGCGCCUGGGUGGCUUCGUGGGCACUGUCUUUGGCAGUGCUGGGCUGGGGCCCGCAUGUCCCUCCGUGUGCCCACCCGGGGGCAUCCCGCAGGUCACUGUCAAUAAGAGCCUCCUGGCCCCCCUCAACGUGGAGCUGGACCCCGAGAUCCAGAAGGUGCGCGCCCAGGAGCGGGAGCAGAUCAAGGCUCUGAACAACAAGUUUGCCUCCUUCAUUGACAAGGUGCGGUUCCUGGAGCAGCAGAACCAGGUACUGGAGACCAAGUGGAACCUCCUGCAGCAGCUGGAGCUGGACAGCUGCGGGAAGAACCUGGAGCCCAUCCUCGAGGGUCACAUUACUAACCUGCGGAAGCAGCUGGAGGCGCUGUCCGGGGACAGGGUGAGGCUGGACUCAGAGCUGCGCAACGUGCGGGAUGUGGUAGAGGACCACAAGAAGAGGUAUGAGGUGGAGAUCAACAGACGCACAGCUGCUGAGAAUGAGUUCGUGGUGCUCAAGAAGGAUGUGGAUGCUGCCUACAUGAACAAGGUUGAACUACAGGCCAAGGUGGACUCCUUGACAGACGGAAUUAAGUUCUACAAGUGCCUCUAUGAAGGGGAGAUCACUCAGAUCCAGUCCCACAUCAGUGAUACAUCUGUCAUCCUGUCCAUGGACAACAACCGGGACCUGGACCUAGACAGCAUCAUUGCUGAGGUUCGUGCCCAGUAUGAAGAGAUCGCCCUGAAGAGUAAGGCUGAGGCUGAGAACCUAUAUCAGACCAAGAUCCAGGAGCUGCAGGUCACAGCAGGACAGCACGGGGAUGACCUCAAGCUCACCAAGACUGAGAUCUCUGAACUCAGCCGCUUGAUCCAGAGGAUCCGCUCAGAGAUUGGGAACGUGAAGAAGCAGUGUGCCAACCUGGAGACGGCUAUCGCCGACGCCGAGCAGCAGGGGGACUGUGCCCUCAAGGAUGCCCGGGCCAAGCUGGACGAGCUGGAGGGUGCCCUGUACCAGGCCAAGGAGGAGCUGGCGCGGAUGCUGCGUGAGUACCAGGAGCUCAUGAGCCUGAAGCUGGCCUUGGACGUGGAGAUCGCCACCUACCGGAAGCUGCUGGAGGGCGAGGAGUGCAGGAUGUCUGGUGAAUAUCCAAAUUCCGUGAGCAUUUCCGUCAUCAGCAGCACCAAUGCUGGGGCAGCGGGGGCUGGCUUCAGUGUGGGCUUUGGCACCUCGAGCGCGUACAGCUACAAACCUGCGGCAGCCGACGUCAAGACCAAAGGCAGCAGUGGCAGCGAGUUCAAGGACCCCCUUGCCAAGACCUCGGGCAGCAGCAGUGCCACCAAAAAGGCCUUCAGAUGAUGGACAGGCAGUCGGCUUUGUGCGAUGCUCUGAUGCUCAGAGUCGUCACGGGCUCUCUUGGUGACCUCCUUGGCCACCUUUCACUGGGCACUGCCCCAAAUGCAGAGCCAACACCCAUACCCAGGACGUUAUGCCAGCUGCAAGCCCCUCUCUCCUCAUGCCUUCUUGGGCCUUCGCUGCUGGGGGACUCUGUCCUCUGACUGGGAUCGUGUCCGGUUCUCUGCUUCUCCUGCAAUAAAUGAUU